CACACCAAUUCUCUUCUUAUGCUUCUAUAGAGUUGACUUCGUCCAGAAUGCCAUUAGCAUGAAUUUAGCAACGUGCUAUCUACGGCCCUAAACCCCAAUUGUUUAAUGCUAGUCCCACACUGCCGCGUCCUUUUGGGUAUAGUCUUGGUAUCCACUCCACAUUUCAAUGAUGGGUGGUCCUGCAUAGCGCAUACAUUGCCAACUCUUCACCAUCAUCACCAUCAUGGAUGGAACCACUUACGUGUUUGGAGAGCAACCCCAGACACCACUUGCGGUGUCAAUACGGUGGAUGAUCCUCCGCAUGUAUGCGCUUAUCGAUACAUACGAGAAAAUUGUGUAUGUGAACAACACAUCCCCCAACACGUUGCUCAACAUCGUUAAAACGAUGGGAGGAGACUCUGUCCCAAUGACAACGCUCCUCAAGGCAAUUGACUACCAGAGAAUCGAAUCCGUUAAGGAUAUUGUGCUGUUGACUGGUGACGUAGUGGUGGUGGAGAAUCUCCAGACAGUGGUAGCCAGCAGCCUUCACCAGAUGGAGUACAACGAGCUUAACUACUUGUUGACUCGCAUGUUGAAACGCACUGGACAGGUGUACAUGUUGGACGUGCAGGCCAACGAGUUUGUGAGACGGUUGGUGGACACCGAGGUGGUGGUGGAGCAGGCAGGUCCUGCCGAAUGAAUAGGUGCAAUUGGGUGGAAUUGAGACAAAGAGAGUAAUCAGAAUUGAGAGGCUUUAAUACGAUCAACGAGGAGUCCUAGAGAGGUAUCGUCAGGAUUGUGAGGCAAGUAAGAUCCAAUGAGGUGGAUGAAUCAGAGAUCAAUUUUCCUCUCAGUACGAUCAAUGAGGAAUCCCGGAGAUAUAUCGUCAAGAUUGUGAGGCAUCUCAAGAUACUAAUCAAUUCUCUCAAUACGCUCAAAUUAGGUGGAUAUCCAAGAUACUAAUCAAAAUCAGGGACGUCCUGAUACGAAGUCAUUGGGGGGAUAAAAAAUCCAGACGUCCAUUCAAUUCUCUUCAGAGGACAAUUAGGUGAGUUAAAUCAGUCCAAUCAGUCUUUUUCAAACCACAGGAUGCCUACGUCAAUACGACCACCGAGGUAUAAUAACACCAAGAUCAGGCGUCAAAAUAUGAUACGUCUCA